CACUGUCGUAAGUAGAGCAGACCUGAUUCACUGAUUCACUGGGCUGACUACUGACCAACAUGAAUUAAUCUGGGUUGAGUUUAAAGCUGAAGUAAAAUGAGUGGCCAAUCAUCACUUAUUGGAUCCUGAUGUCUCAGAGAACUGUUAUUAUCUGUUCGCCCCUGGCCUGUGUGUUUGUGUUUCCAGGAGUGUGUAACAGGUGUGUGCAGCGUUUUUAUCACCACUGUGUCUGGGUCAACAACUGUGUUGGGGCCCAGAACACCUGUAACUUCCUGAUGUACCUACUGAGCGUGUGCGGCAUGGCGGGCUCCAUGGCGGUGUUGACGGGGGACAUGUUGUUGCAGGCGGUGCUGAGGUCAGGGCUGCUAAGGGCUCACUACCUGGACCAGCACAGGCAGCAUCAGCAGGCAGGGACUGCCUUCAUCAUACAGCAUCUGUUCCUGACCUUCCCAAGGAUUGUCUUUAUGCUUGGUUUCCUGGUGUUUGUCUGCUUCCCGCUGGCCAGCUACUUCCUGUUUCACUCAUAUGUGGCUCUGGUCAACCAGACCUCCAAUGAGUGGUACAAGCUCCGAGGUUCUGUCUGCCAGCACUGCCACCCCACUGUGCCCAGCCACCUCUGUGGCCCCCGACCGGAACACUCCACAAGGUUCUUCUACAGCAGGGGGGUCGUCAAGAACCUAUGGGAGAUACUCUCUCCGCUCCGUCCCACUCAAAAGAAAAACUAUUAGGAAACACCUGAGACUUUCAUAGGACAAUUGUUAGAUGUUAGUAUUGUUUUGUAAUUUAUAAGAUAUCAAUAUUGAGACAUGCGGUGGGUGAAUAAUAACUAUUUUAUUUAUUGAAUGUGUGGCGUUUUUGUGUAUUCCGUUUUUGUUGAAAUAAAACGGAAAAGCCUUUGUCGAAUUUCAAA